UUUUUGCGCCGCAGCACCAGAAUCAAAAUUGAGCACAGACAGUACCGACCUACUUACGUAUUUAGUGAGCCAAAUGUUUAUACUAUCAACUAAAACCUUACCCUUUUUCCUAUUCCCCUGUUUUUCUCUGUUUCCUCCUCUGCUCUUACAAAUUAAGUGACACUAUCUAUUCACCGUCGCUGAAACCCUUUUACUCCUCUCUUAGAACUUCUAUAUGCAAUAUUUUCCCUGCGAUUAGUUAUUCUCAUCUUCUAAUUUGUUCUUAGCUUAUGUGCAUGGUAAUUGCUGUGUCCAACACUUGAGCACUUGUAAUCUUGGAAAGUUCUGCCUCUCCACUCUCUAAUAAUGAGGAUUAUUGAUUUGAACAAGAAUGAUCAAGAAACAGAGGAAACACUUAAUAACACUCCUUCAAGCAAUUGUAGUGAGUUAAAGAAAAGCUGCACAGAUUGUCACACCACAAGAACACCUUGCUGGAGAGUAGGUCCAGCUGGUCCUAAGACUUUGUGCAAUGCCUGUGGAAUCAGAUACAGAAAGAAGAGGAGGGAUCUUUUCGGUUUGGACAAAGGAGGAAAAGAUAAGAGUAAAAAGAAGAUUGCUAAAAGUAGUAGAAGUAAGCUAGGAGUUCCAUUGAUGAUUUCUGGAAGAGAGAUGUUAUUGCAGGAACAAUGGAAAAGAAAGCUGGGAGAAGAAGAACAAGCUGCCUUUCUGUUGAUGGCUUUAUCUUAUGGCUGUGUCUCUGCUUAGAACAAAACUAUUGUAGCCAAAAAAAAAAAAGAAAAAAAAAAAGGGAUGAGAAUUGUAAAACUAGAAGAAGACGAUGUUAUCAAUCAAGAAAAGAGAAUACAUAAAAUUAUUUUUCUUUAAUUUUCACGUAGUAGUAAUAUAUUGUGUUGGCUUUUGGAUGCAUAAUAUUUCAUGUUUCUUCAA